AUGAAUGAUCGAUUUAGAAUUUUAUUUCGUGUGUUGAUCAUCUUCGUCUUCUUGAUAAUUAUCGACAACAGGGUUCUACGAGAGCCAAUAGGUCGUCUUUACUUUGCUGGUACAGAGACGGCUACCAAAUGGUCUGGAUACAUGGAUGGAGCAGUACAGGCAGGGGAGAGGGCCGCAAGAGAGAUACUGCAUGCCAUGGGUAAGAUAAGUAAAGAUGAGAUCUGGCAAGAGGAACCAGAAGCUGAGGACAUGCCAGCUCUUCCAUUUGAGGAAACGUUCUUAGACAGACAUCUCCCUUCCGUGAGUGGCUUUCUCAGGUUUGUUGGAGCAUCUCUCUUUCUCUCUGCCAUGGGAGGGGCCCUAUGGAUGACGAAGGACACACUUCAAAGAAUCAUCAACUAAUAGUAAAGUAAUGUUUACGAAAAUGGCUCCACUAAUUGCAAGAGAAAGUAUUUCAACUGUUUUUAGUAUCAUAACAUGCACUUCAUACCA